AUGGCCUCCAAUGCCAUCGUAGAUGGUCUCAAGGCUGCCCUGAGUCUCAAUGUCGUCGCCUACUUUAUUGUUCUUUAUAUCGCUUAUCACAUCGCCAUAGCCUUGUACAAUAUCUCGGCAUUCCACCCGCUAGCGCACUUUCCUGGUCCAAAGAUCGCAGCUGCAUCUUACCUAUACGAAGCGUACUUUGACUGGUGGCUGCUUGGCAGAUAUGGCAAGGUCAUUGCACGGAUGCACGAGCAUUAUGGGCCCAUUGUCAGAAUAAACCCGGAUGAACUUCAUGUUUCUGAUCCCUACUUCACCGAUGAAAUAUAUGCUGGUCCCGGCCGUGUCCGUGACAAGUGGCAACAUCAACUCAACACCGGCGGCGCAGGCCCUGUCUCGGUUACCGGCUUCUCCACCGUCAAUCAUGAGGUUCAUCGAAUGCGCAAGGGCGCUUUGUCAAAGUUCUUCUCGCGCCAGCAAAUGCUGAAACUUGAGGGCGAAGUGCAGGAAUUUGCCCAGCUCACGGCAGACAAAAUGCUCCGCUCAGCGGGGAAGGAGCCAUUCGACGUGAAGGAGGCAUUCAAUUGUUUUACUGCGGAUAUCAUUUCCCAGUAUGCUUUUGGAGAACCCAUGGGCUUCAUCUCUCAGGAAGGAUGGGAGCCCAACUUUGCUACUUGGGUGAAGUCCUUCUUCAAAAGUGCUUAUAUGAUGAGACACAACGCUCUUGGUCGUAAAAUGGCUCAGGUCAUGCCAAUGAUGGCUGAUUACUUAGGUGAAGACAUCAAGUCUGUCAUGAGACAGAUGAAUGUUGUCAUCCCCGGGUAUAUCAAGGCAGCUCUGAGCAACCCGGAAAAUGGAAGAGUUUUUGCUGAUCUCAUGGAAUCUAAGACACUUCCCGAAGAAGAGAAAUCAUUGUACCGACUUUCUGGAGAAGGCUUCAACUUCUUACUCGCCGGUACCGAGACCACUGCUGCUACUCUGACUGUCGUGACAUACUACCUUCUCGCCCAGCCCCAGACCUAUGCUCGCCUUAUGGAGCAGUUACAUGGUCUCAACCCAUCGAACCUGAAAUGGACAGAGCUCGAGCAAAAGCCUUACCUGUGGGCAGUCAUCCACGAGUCUCUUCGCAUGAUGCCUGGUGUGUCGCACAGAUCUGCCAGGAUUGCCCGCGAGGAGGACUUGGUUUACAGGACCCGUGACGGUAAAAAGGAAUGGCUUAUCCCCAGAGGAACUCCCGUUGGCAUGACAUCAAUGAUCAACCACUGGAACGAGGAACUCUUCCCAAACCCCGGGGAGUUCAUUCCUGAGCGUUGGUUAAUCGACGGCAAGCCGAAUCACAAGCUGGAGAAGUUCCUCCUUGCGUUCGGAAAAGGUAGUCGCUCAUGUAUUGGUGAGAACUUGGCAUACUGCGAAGUUUAUCAUAUGGUGGCUAUGAUGGCUCUCCGCGUCAUACCGAGAUCCAAUUUGUUUGAAACCACGGUCGAAGAUAUCUCUUACGAUCAUGACCUCAUCGUCGUACAAACUAAGAAGGGCUCAAUUUCUGUCAAGAUAAAAAUUACCUGA